AAAAUUGUCAAGAAUAAGUCAACCUUUGCGUUGACCGCUUUUAACAAGUCAACCUUCAUUUAUUCCAGUAGCAAGUAAAGCUUGUACAUGAAUUAGCUUUUAACAAGUUUUUUUACUUAUGACCUGAACAACCCCUACAAUUUUGUUCAGUUUUAACAGGUGUGUAUUCUAGAACUCAUUAAAUUGUUCUCUAGAACAUAUUUGCACUGCUUGAAUUUUAUAAAAGUUCCGUGAGAAACUUAAAACUGAACAAAAUUGUAGGGGUUGUUCAGGUCAUAAGUAAAAAAACUCGUUAAAAGUUAAUUCAUGUACAAGCUUUACUUGCUACUGGAAUAAAUGAAGGUUGACUUGUCAAAAGCGGUCAACGCAAAGGUUGACUUAUUCUUGACAAUUUUUCCUUUUUUUUUUCCACUCUACCUUUCUUAUAACCAAAAACUGUAUUGGAGUCGAUGAAAAAAAAAAAAGUGUUGCGAAUAUAAAAAAAAACAAAAGAAAGUGUAAAGUUUAUAUUAUUUAGGCCCAAUAUGAAGGGACAGCCCAUGUAUAAUAUCCAAUAAUAAAAGUGCCACAUUUAACUAAGACCUUCACUCCCGCCAAACCACCAUCUAUAUCGCUCAAUUCUCAAACAGCUUUUUUCCGUGGUACAAAAGUUGAAGCCUCCCAAGUGUUUGAUAAAAGGUCUCACUGAAAAACAAAAUAAACAUGAGACUUCCCCAACCAUUUCUUGCUGCCAUUAAAGCUGGAGCUACUGUUGGUGGUGGACUUAUCAUUCUCUCACUCGCCGCUUCUUCUACCAUCAAGGUCCUUCAAUUUGCCACUGAAGCAAAAAGGCAUACAACGGUGUCUCAACUGUUUGGGGAAAGAAUCUUACUGAUGCUGAAAAACGUGAGUGAUGCAAGUGGGAUUGUGUGCUUUCCAGUGUCUAUGUGCUUGCAAGUUAGCUUUAUAUUAAUGGAUUCCAAUGCUCGAAACUUGUAUUGUUGUACAGCUUCAAUGGUAUGUACCAUCUAAAGAUCAAGCUAAGAGUAAAUAUAUCCUGCUAUUGGACUCUAAUUUGCUUGAAUUGCGAAAUGUACAUAUUUGAAUUCUUUUCUUAUUUGGUGAUUUGUAUCUUUGA